AUGUCUUCUCCUGCUACUGCUGCUCCAGCUACCGCGGCUGCUCCUCCUCAGCCCCAGAAAUCCGACAAGCCACGUCCGCAUAUCUGCACAACCUGUCUGCGCGCCUUUGCUCGCCUCGAGCAUCUCAAGCGCCACGAACGCAGCCAUACCAAAGAGAAACCCUUUGAAUGUCCUGUUUGUGAACGAUGCUUUGCUAGACGCGACCUCCUCCUGCGUCAUCAGCAAAAACUCCACACCGGCCUCGCUACCACUCGCACCCGCCAGCCCCGAAAAAACUCAGUCACCAUCGGCACCCUCCAGCGUCAGAAGGAGAAAGCGCCGCCUCCUCGCCCCCGCGCAAACUCCUUCGCCGCUCAGCCGUCAAAGGCAAUGGGCUCGCCCAUCGACGUCUCGGCCUCGACAAACUCCUGGCUCGAGUGCACCUUCGGCCGCUCCGGAGCUUCGGACUCUCACCGUCUCGAACCCGCGCCCAUGAACGCGGCCGUCGACUCAAAGGCCUCGCUCUUUGGCUCGCUCUUCAUCAACCCCGACCUCCUUCCCUUCUCUCUCCCCGACAACGAGAGCAUGGGCCUUGUUGUCGACGAGGAGUCUAUCGAGUUUGACGAGGACUUUUGGCUGGGCUCCUUGCAAAUCUCCUCGCCCGGCACCGCCGUCUCGGCCUCGACCUGCUCCUCUACCACAAACUACUCCGCCACCGAUGACAACAACUCGCCGGCCUCUUACGACACCCCGGCUUCUGUUUCGUCGAUGGACUCUACCUCUGUUAAGGAAGACGCUGGCGUCAACCUCAACUUUUCGUUCCCCUCCCCCAAGCAGCCGCAGCAGCCUGCCUCUUUGCACGCGAGCGGCGACAUCAUGUCUCGCUCGCACAUGCAGAGCAAGGCGGAUCUCGACUCUAGCCUAGACCACGACUCUGUCCCGCCCGAGACAAUCCUGCAGCUCUACACGGACCAGUUCAGCGGUAACUCGAGCUGCAACACAAACUCGACGUCGAGCCUGCUGGACCAGUUUCUGCGAUCGACGGAGGAGACGGUUGCGGCCGCGAACGCUAUUGCGGCCGCGAACGCAUCGGUCUCUGCUGGAGCGCAUCCGUCGCCUACGCCGUCUGCUACUUCUACGGCGUCGUGGCAGAGUGCGUCGACGUCAGCCACAGCACCUUCAGUUACUUCGCCGGUGUCGAAUGACUAUGCGAGCUCGCGGCGUCAGAGCCACAAGCCGUCGACUCAUUCGAGCUUGGCGAAGACGCUUACGCCGGAGAUGCUGUACGGCAACACGCAGACGCACUCGCUGCUGCUGAACACGCUGUCAGCGCGAUCAGUGUUUCCUCAGUCGCCUAACAAGGUUGCUGAGGCUGCUAAGGCGGCUUCGCAGCAAUCAUCGCAGAAGGAGCACGCAGAUUACUUAGGAAGUCUUGUUCGGGACGACGAGUUUUCGGAUCUGCUUUCCGCCAACCUGCUUGAUGACGGUAGCGGCAACAAGGGCGAAAAGUCAAUGAGACUGUCUGCCAACACGCUUGACGCUGCGACGAUGGACAUUGACUUUGAAGUGCCGUUUUUCACUACAAUGUCGCAGCUGCAGCUGUGA